AUGGCGUCAGAAACACCAGAUCAAACCCCGCCCUCGACCUCGCAAACGACAGGCGGCGCAGAGCAAGGCGACGAAAGCUUGACCCCACUUGAACAAGAGGUCCUGGACGAGUAUGCGCGGUUACUAGGGAACCUGAAUACCAUGUCCACGCUCCUCCUCGCCCUCUCGAACAAGCCCAGCGCCGCCAUCCUCGACGGUCUGCGCGGCCUCGAGCGCAAAACAAGUCUGGUCUUCACUCUGCUGAAAGCAAGUGUGUACAGUAUCGUGCUGAACCAGCAGAUUACUGAUGGGGCGGGUGGUGAGCUGAAUCCGGACGAGGUCGAGACGUGGCGGAGGGAGAAGGACGAGGCUGAGCGGCGGCGGAGGGAGAUGGAUGGAUAA